AGAAGAAGAAGAAGAUAAGGAGGGAAGUUCGAACUCGGCAGGUAACUCGAGAAGGAGUACAAGCGAAAGUGAGAUGGAGCACGAGGAGGACAACGAUGCAAGUGAAUCGGAGGAAACAGAAGCGAUGAAACCUUUAGGAAUGCACUUCGAGCCUAGCCAGUACAACAAGAAAAUCAAGCUAUCGACUAGGUGUCAUAUUUUUGAAACUUUGAAAACGCUGGAUAAAUUAGAGCAUCCACUAACUAGUUCUGAGAGGGAUUGGUUUGAGAAUCAUCCACAAUUCAAGCACAUUUUUCACAUGCCAAGGGAACCAAACCACAAGCUUAUGGGAAUGUGGAUGCUCUUACUUCGAACGGCUAAAAUCGAAAAAAAGAAGGAAGCAUGGUUUGUUGUGAAUGGUGUUCCAAUCCGGUAUGGUCUGAGAGAACAUGCUUUGAUGUCUGGAUUAGAUUGUCGGUGCUAUCCACUUGAUUACAAGGAAGCCGGCGGUACCGUGUUUCGAAGGAAAUAUUUUUUACGAAAAAAAAAGAUUACACUUGAAGAUGUGAGGAGACACCUAUUGGUAAUGCAACCAGAUCGUACUCGUGAUAGGUUGAAGAUGGCGGUUCUCUACUUUUUAGGAAGCAUCAUUGCAGGCUAUACAAAAGACUCGGGGAGAGAUGCAAUGGGUAUCGAUGAUUUUGUUGUAAGCGCAGUGAAUGAUCUAGGUUUUUGUGUGUCUUUUCCUUGGGGGAGAUUAUCAUUCGAGAACAUGCUAGAAGAGAUUUCCCAUACAAUGAGUCAUUUUAAUGGGGUCGUGGUUAAAGAGAAUGCAUUAUGGCCUGUUCCAGGUUUCUGUAUUCCAUUGGAGUUUUUACUAUUUGAGGCAGUUCCAAUUUUGGCGAACACUUACGUUGACCAAAUUCCUGAGGCGGAUGCAAGUUGUCCUAGGAUGUGCAGGAGGAAAUUUAAGAGGACCGGUCAGAAAGGUUUUCCUCUAAAGAAUAUUGGUGAUACACUUGGUACAACAACGGCAAUUGCUAGUGUGAUCCCUCAUAAUGAUGAAGAAAUUCCUCUUCUCGAUUUAAUCAUGGAAGAAGCUGAGGAAGAGGAUACCCAUGAUGUCGUUGUUGCCAAUUGGAUGUGGCGCCUUCGUAGAGGACUACCUGUACUUUUGGAGGAGAUGUACACAGCCGAUGUGGCUACUCGUUCAGGACAAAACGAUGCGAAUGAGGAAAUAGUCGCCAAUGAACAACCGAGAGAAGAUACUGUUGAGUUGGUGGAUCUUCUAAGGACCAUGAAGCAGGAUAUGAAAACCCAGUUCGAUAACAUUUCGGCGAAGAUUGAUGGGCUUGAAAAAAGGAUCGAACCGUUGGAAGUAUAUGUGAAAGAGCAAGAGAAACCAAAGGCGCCUGUAGCUGAUGAGCAACCGAGUACUUCGCAAGAAGGAGGGAGAGGGACGAAGAGGAAAAGGUCUAAGAAGUAG